CUUUCUGAGCCUCCAAGCUCCUUUCUUGAGCUGGUGAGCUCGCUCUCUCUGUCUCUCUCUCUCUCAUGGCCAAAUGGAAGAACCACUCGCGCAAGCUCUCGUACAUCUCUAUACCAUCUCAGAUUGGCAACUCUCUUGCGGCUUCUUCUCUUCAGUCUCUCCUCCUUUCGCCGCCAAAGAAGUCUUCAAAGAAUAAUGCAAGCAAGUUUUUCAGCAACUCAAGGAACCCAAGAUUCUGGGUUUUCUUGCUCUUUCUCUUCUCUUUGCUAGGAAUGUUGAAGUUGGGUUUCAAUCUCGAUCCUUUACUUCCUCUCUGGCCGAAUCCAUGUUCAAUGGGUCGUCAAGCUCAGGUGUUGACCGACAAGGGCAAAUCGGUUUUGUCAUCGGGCUUUCCAUUCAAAGCUCAGGAGGUUGGGGAAGAUGGAGAAGAAGGUGAGGAAACAGAGUUCUGGAAGCAGCUUGACGGUUUGGGUUAUCGUCCCUGCUUGGAUUUGAGCCAGGAGUAUCGACGGUAUAGCGCUGGGAUUGUGAAGGAUCGGACCAAGUAUCUGAUGGUUGUGGUUUCUGGUGGGAUGAACCAGCAGAGGAAUCAGAUCAUUGAUGCCGUUGUUAUUGCUCGGAUUCUUGGAGCUGCUUUGGUCGUUCCGAUCUUGCAAGUGAACGUGAUUUGGGGAGAUGAAAGCGAAUUUUCUGAUAUUUUCGAUCUGGAUCACUUCAAAAGAGUUCUUGGCAAUGAUGUACGGGUAGUUUCAUCAUUGCCCUCGACGCAUCUGAUGUCAAGGCCUGUGGAAGAGAAGCGGACCCCUCUUCAUGUCUCUCCACGUUGGAUUCGACAACGCUACCUCAGUCGGCUUAAGAGGGAUGGUGUUUUGCUCUUACGGGGUUUGGAUUCUAGACUCUCAAAGGAUCUUCCCUCUGAUCUUCAGAAGCUCCGGUGCAAGGUGGCGUUUCAUGCGUUGAGGUUUGCCCCACCCAUUUUAGAUCUCGGUAACAAGCUAGCAGAGAGAAUGCGGAGCAAGGGGCCGUACCUUGCUCUUCAUUUACGCAUGGAGAAAGAUGUUUGGGUGAGGACUGGCUGUCUUCCUGGGUUGACAGAUGAGUAUGAUGAGAUAAUUCACAAUGAGAGAAAAUUAAGGCCAGAGCUCCUUACCGCAAGAUCAAACAUGACUUACCAUGAUCGCAAGCUUGCAGGGCUCUGCCCUCUAAAUGCACUGGAGGUUACCAGGCUGCUUAAAGCACUUGGAGCCCCAAGAAAUGCAAGGAUAUAUUGGGCAGGAGGCCCUCCAUUGGGUGGACAAGAAGCUUUGCUACCUUUGACCAGAGAAUUUCCUCAUUUCUACAACAAGAAUGACCUUGCCUUGACUGGUGAAUUGGAGCCAUUUGCAAACAAAGCUUCCCUUCUUGCUGCUAUUGAUUAUAUAGUUUCUGAAAACAGUGAUGUCUUCAUGCCAUCUCAUGGUGGGAAUAUGGGCCAUGCUAUCCAGGGACACAGGGCCUAUGCAGGGCACAAGAAGUAUAUAACCCCAAACAAAAGGCAGAUGCUUCCAUAUUUCUUAAAUUCUUCCCUGCCACACUCUGAGUUCAAUAGGAUUAUAAAAGAUCUGCACCAUGAUUCACUGGGGCAGCCAGAGCUCAGAACAAGCAAGGCUGGGAGAGAUGUAACAAAGUAUCCUGUCCCUGAGUGCAUGUGCACUGAUUCUACCCCAAGAUCUGUGGCAUGACUCAACUUUGACAGGCUUCCCAUGGGAUUGGAAUUCAACAGUUUUCUUCAUUGGAAAACUUAGCUCAACACCAUCCUUGAAUGAGUUGUAUGUUUUGAGGCUUGAGACCUUCCAUUCUCGAGGGCACCAUGGCUCCUGAGCAU